GACAGGUUCAGUCAGUUGACAUGUUCGGCAAUAAAGUGGGCUUUGUGAAGCUUAAAUCAGAGGUCUAUGACCGUGAUGGGGAUCCACUGGCAGGAAUCUGUUUCCUCCGUGGAGGCUCAGUGGCAGUUCUGGUGAUUUUGGAAUCAGAAAGUGGGAAAGAAUAUUGUCUGCAAGUGCGUAUUGACAACGUUUGCACCGUGCAGCCGCAAUACAUGGCCCUUCCUGCUGGAAUGCUGGAUGGAAAUGGAGACUUUGGAGGUGCCAUGGCUCGGGAGAUGGAGGAAGAGACUGGUAUUAGAUGUGACGCCAAGAACUUGUUGGACAUGACAGCUUUGGUCUAUGGCGAAGACUUCGAGGGAAUGUAUCCCUCUGUGGGGGCCUGCGAUGAAUUCAUUCGGCUCUUUCUCUUUCGCCGGCGGAUGCGGCAAGAGGAAAUCCUGAGUUUGGAAGGGAAAUUGAUGGGGUUGCGGGAAGAGAACGAGAAGAUCAAGUUGUGCCUUGUUCCUCUGGCAGACUUGUGGCAUUUGUCUCCAGAUGCCAAGGGCUUGUGUGCCCUCUUGUUAUAUAGCAAGCUCAAAGAAGCUGGACGAUUGUGAGUCGUGAGGGUGACAAAAAGUAAACUGAUGGGUUUGUUCUGGAACUAACUGCUGUAGUAUUGUGAACGAAUUGCAAGAGCCUCAAGACUAGUGGCCCGAAAGUUUA